CGCGGCGUCAAGGCUGCAGACAGAGACGGCAUACCACACAAACCAUGACGUAAGCCUCGAGUCGUGUAGGCAAACUGAAUGAAUCGACAGUCCUCGGCGCACUGUCCUCCGCGAGCGGCCGGCAUACUUUACAACAGUGUUUCAUAAGUGUAAAUAAAACGUUUUUGAUCGUGUCAAUACGUGUGUGUUUAACAUUUUAAUAAACAUGGAUACGACAGAAAUUAAACCGCUCAGUUUGAAGCUGAAAGUUUUCCACGGAGUGAGGUACUUUCUAGCGAGUAUAGCGAGGGUAUUCUGUAUUCUUUACUAUGGGAAGAAAGGGGAGAAGCUACCGCCGAUAACCGAUGAGAUCCUGAAGCAACCGGCGAUCGAAGUCGCGAGAAGGAUUAGGAAUAAAGAGGUCACGAGUGCAGAGGUACUCGAGACGUGCAUCAGACGCAUCAAGGAUGUCAACUCGGCCCUCAACUGCUUCGUUGAAGACCGGUUCGAGCUGGCGAAGAAAGAGGCUAAAGAGGCUGAUGAACUCAUAAGCAGUGGGAGCAUGACGACCGAGCAGUUGGAAAACGAGAAGCCUUUCUUAGGCGUACCUUUCACUACAAAAGACUGCAUCGCUGUUAAAGGCCUACAUCACACAUCUGGGGUCGUGCUUCGAAAAGACGUGAUCGCCAAAGAAGACGCCGAGAGUAUAAGGUUGCUGCGAAGCAAGGGGGCCAUCAUCAUGGGCCUUACCAACGUUCCAGAAAUUUGUAUGUGGUGGGAAACUCACAACCACAUACACGGCAGAACGAAGAACCCGUACAACACCACAAGGAUCGUUGGCGGCUCGUCUGGGGGCGAGGGGUGUCUACAAGGAGCUGCUGGCAGCAUAUUUGGCAUUGGGUCCGACAUAGGAGGCUCGAUCCGCAUGCCAGCGUUCUUUAACGGAAUAUUUGGACACAAACCAUCCCGAAACAUAGUUUCAAAUGCUGGACAAUAUCCAAUACCGAAGACUGACCUGCUGAAUUCAUACCUAGGUCUCGGUCCCAUGACGCGGUAUGCGGUCGAUCUCAAACCCCUCCUGAAGAUUAUUUCGGGCGAUAACGCAAACAAACUUGCUUUAGAUAAACCCGUCGACGUAGGGAAACUGAAGGUUUACUAUCAGUUCAGUAACAAUGCUCCAAUGAUAGAUCCCGUUGAUCCAGAUAUCACGGCAGCCAUGAAGAAAGUUGUGGAAUUUCUAAACCUCAAACACAAAAUAGUAGCAGAAGAGAAGCAGAUCAAACUUCUCCAGAAAUCAAUGCCCAUUUGGAUGACAACGAUGAAAAAUGAAGAACCGUUUGAGAGUCUGAUAAUGGCUAAGCAAGGUACAAUGGCGAUUAUUAUAGAGAUCUUCAAGAAUCUCAUUGGGUGUUCGGGAAAUACUUUGAUAGGGCUGUUCACCGCUUUAAUGGACCGCUCCGGUACACCAGUAGGCAGUCCGAGGUACAACCACUAUCUAAAGUUACGUGAUAGUUUAGAGAAGAUCUUUGUAGAGAUGCUGGGUGAUGAUGGUGUGUUUUUAUAUCCUACGCACCCAACGCCAGCGCCGUACCAUAACGAGCCAGUGUUCAAGCCUCUGAACUUCUGUUAUACCGCCAUUAUUAACUGCCUCGGUUUACCAGCGACUACAGUGCCUUUGGGUUUGAGCAGCGAAGGCCUUCCAAUAGGAAUACAGGUGGUAGCGAAUCACAACAAUGACCGAUUGUGUUUAGCUGUUGCCGAAGAACUUGAAAAAGGUUUUGGUGGCUGGGUAGAACCUAAAUAGAUGAAACUUGUUUUAAAAUUUAUUUUGGACCAUAUGAGAUGUAUUUACCUAACCAAUAUACACUGAUUAAAAAAAUAGGCUGUGCCUCGCUUUUUGUCGAGAAAUGUUGUCACAAUCAGUUAUCACAAAUAGAUAUACCUAUACUUUAUGAUUAUAGUAUACUGUGUUUUUGUAAAAUGCUAAUAAAGAUUUUUUUAACCUUU